AUGACUCAAGAGUCUAAUUCAUCUGGACCAUCUAGGUCAGAGACCCCAAAAACCAAGUUUAAGAGGAACUACAGAGCCUGUUUAAACUGCCGGCUUCGAAAGGUGAAAUGUGACUUGGGCUCAGUUGAUAACCCUAGAGACGGUAAAUGUGCCCGAUGUUUACGAGAGAGAAAGGAUUGUACAUUUGUGAAAUCGAAAAGAGGAGGAUCUACUAAUGUUAUAAAUGGUAAAAAGAGAAGACAAAAUGGAGAUCUCUCUGAUCUAGUGCCAAACGUAGCCCUGGAUACUACCCAAAACUCAUUUUCUAACGAUUCCCAAAAGCCUAAUAAUCUUAGCCGAUCUGCUACUUCUGGUAACUCCGAAAAUAACCAUUUUUCCACUAUGGAAGGUGCAUUAGUGUUUCUUGCUAAUGCUGCCGGAACUAUUGCACAAGCAGAUGAAAGAGAUCGCAUAGAUGCUAGAAAAAGACACCAACAAUUAGAAGCCAAGCUUCAAAACGAACAAACAGAAGAUAAUGAAGAUAGACGGUUGAUUUCAGAAGGAAAGCAAGUGGCCUCUUCGAUCAAUGCUAAUGAUAGCUCUUUCGACUUACCGAGUAUCCUAUCUCCAUCUGCUCAAAAUAUAGGGUCUUCCAAACCUCCAAUUUCGGUUGCAUCUUCAAUACCUGCUUACAUUAAAAAAACAAAAAACAAGAGAAUGAGAAUGCCCGCUUUAGAAAAUGGUGAGCUGGUUAGGCCCAAAGGGACCACCAACUUGUCAGAUAUAGAUUAUAUUGGGGGUCCAAACAGUAUUCUCUCAGUAGCUGAAGCAGAAAAAUUGAUUAAUUUAUUCUUCUCCACAAUGCAUCCAUUUUUUCCUUAUGUUCCCAAGUUUUUACAUUCACCGAAGGUUUUAAGUGGUUAUCCAAUUCUUUUAUGUGCCAUUCUUACCAUUUCAGCUCGUUAUUAUCCUUUUGAAAAUAACGCUAGUACGUUGGGUGGGCCUCAUGGAGUUCCCCGAAAUAUUGAAGUCCAUGAUAGAUUAUGGUUAUAUGUUCAAAGGCUUAUCUCGCAAACAGUAUGGGCUGAAGCUAGUACCAGAUCUAUUGCAACUGUCUUCGCAUUCUUACUCUUCACAGAAUGGAACCCAAGAGCGAUUCAUUGGAGGUGGGAUGAUUAUGCAAAUAGAGCAGAUGACAGCUUGGGUCAAGGCCCGAACAACCUUUCUGAUGAACCAACUGGCUUGGGUGCAAUGAGAAGAUCUUAUAGAAUGUCAUGGAUGCUUAUUGGUUCUGCAGUACGAUUAGCCCAGGACAUUGGAUUCAUGGAAAUUAGCUCUAACACUUUCUUGGCUACUCAUAUUGCAGAGAUAAAUAGUGUCAUGAAUAUUAGCCGUCGCUCGAUGCUUGCAUCUUCUUUAUCUGAAGUCGAUUUAGAUGAAGAUGAAAUCACUCAAGAAGACUUGGAAGAGGGUGAAGAUGAUGACUAUAAAUUUCUUAGCUUGAGUGAAGAUGAUUUGAAAGAACUUUCUUGUGAAAACAUUUUGAAAUUUACCAGAGUUCAGAAAGCUAAAAUUGAAUUAUUGCAGAUAAUUUCCCUCGGACAUGAAGCAUUGUAUGGUUAUAAGGCUCAACUAGGUAGCCUCUCACAACGUCAAAAUCUUUCCGUUUUGAACAUUAUUAGUCCAUUGAUAAAUGGUUGGAAGAAUAAAUAUAAAAGUUUCUUGAUUCCUUCAAAUAGCAGGAUUUUGAGAAAUGUGAAUAAUUUACAAGAGCAUUUAGAAAACAAGAGCUCAAGGAUCUCGAAAGAACUAGGAAAUCAAGUGGAAAAUGAAUCAUUCAUUUUUGAGUAUAAUUACACCAAAUUAUACAUUUACUCAUUGGCAUUGAGUCCUUCUCCAAGAGUUUUGAAAGAUUUGAAAUACAAAAAAAUUAAUUUGAAAUUAGACGAAUUAUCCAGGAGUGCAAAGUAUAUUGAACAGGCCUUCAAUGCAGCAAAUGAAAUGUUAUUGGUAGCACACAGGGUACAUAAGCUUAAGCUUUUGAGAUUCAUGCCAAUUAGAUGGCUUACGCGAAUUGUAAGAGCUGUUGCCUUUAUAGUUAAAUGUUAUCUUACAAUUACUGCUCACAAAUCAUCAUCUGCAACAGAAGCAAAUAUCAAUGCUAAUUCCAGUUUUGAUACAUUUGAUUCGACAAUCCUUUCAUUAUCAUUGAUUUCAAUAGAUGAAAUUGUACAGAGUAUACAGAGAGCUGCAAUUACUUUACGUGAUUGCUCCCCAGACGAAUUACAUUUAUGUACCAGAUACUCUAAUGUCUUAAUGUACUUAUGCUCUGAAAUGAAAUCUAAAGCUAAAAACAACAAUUACGAUGAAAAUUUUGGAAGUUCCAAAUCCUCCAAUCAUAAUAAAGGAGGGAAAUCGAUAUUCGAAGAUCGUGAUGAAAGAAACGAUCAAGAACAAGAUAAUUCGAAACGUGAUUAUUCAAAUUAUGAUCAACAAGAGGAUACCAUCAACCAAAAUUUCCAACAUGACGAGAGCUCAAAAUAUGCCUCAUCGAUCAAUCAUGAUUCUUCAUUCCAAUUCCCAAAGAAGGAAAAUCAGAUAAAAAAUGACUCUUCUUUAGACCCUGAUCUUGGUAACCCUUUGAAUAGCCUGAUAGGUGAUAGUCAAGUAAUUGACUGGUUUACGAAUAAUAGAAAUAUUGGUUUAGACUUUGUUGGGCCAUGGACCGAAAUGAUUGAACAACAUUUGAAUUCCGAUGUGCAAUUCAAUUUCGAAGAUGCUCUCUCAUAG